AUCGUCAUCAUAAUCUCAGAUAUUUCACCCCAUGGCUGCUUCGUUGGAUUGGAGCAAUGACAGCUACAUGACCACGUCCACGCACUAAUUCUAUCAUCGACGACACGCAUCUCAACCUCUUCUUCGUUUUCGUCUUCUUGGGUGCAUCGCGCAUUUCAGUUGAUCCGAUAUCUCGUUUGUUUGUGAAUAAAUUUACCAGUGAUCUCUAGCAGGGUGACAUAACAUGAGUUGGUUGUCGGGAUAUAUCCCAUCUUAACGCAACGCCUAAUAAAGUCGGUUUUCCAAAAGUUCAAGCACUAGUUUCAUAGCUUAAUUGGAUUCCUCUUUUGGGAACAUAUUUUGUCUUCGUAUAUUCCGUAUUGUGAUUUUGUUGAACAUUUUCCGAGUUAUUUAAAAUUAGAAAUUUUCCAAAAACUAUAUAAAAAGUGUCAAAAACUUGCUAAGAACUGUAAAGUGUCGAGUAGCCCCAAAUUGCACAUACUUAAAUAAAUUAAAUACUGAAGAACCUAUAUCAAUGAACAUAUAAUAUUUUUAUCAAGUGCAUGGAUGUACAAAUGUUAUAAGCUGGGAAUAUGUGAGGAACGUGAGACUGAAGAAAUUAUACAGUGCAACCGCUGCCGACUUGUUCGGUUAAAAAUUUCGAAAGAUGAAAUGGAUUGGGUUAAAUUUUCUCUUUAUGUGGAUUCUACUUGUUGAGACAACUCACAGUCACUGCAGAGAACAGCACAACAGCACUCCAGCCAUUAAAACAGAACGACAUGGAGGGCUGAGACUGAGAAAGCUGACUUUACAAAAGGAGCAGGCUAGACUGCUAAGACGACUCAUCCUGGAAACCACACAAUUCUCCAAGCGAAACAUUGAGAGACAACGCUGGACAAGUUACGACAAUGACGACUGGGUGAAUUUUGAUGAAUUUGAAACCGGGUUUCACCCAUAUACUUCGGCAUUUCCAUCACAAGCCAAGAAACCUCACAAGAGACUCGACACCAUGAUUGACAGCUCCUCGUCAAAGUCUUGUUGUCCCCAAAGAUUCGAAAUAAUUGAGCCCAAUUAUGGACGAAAUCGAACUGGUCACAUUGUCGAGCUGUACCGAGAUGAUCGAAUCAAGCAGCGAUUUUAUGAGCUAAUUUGUGAUCGGCAGAUAGCAAAUGCUCCCUGCAGAUUUCUUCAAGGCAGAAAUCAGAAACUAUCGAAGUGCACACAGCAGCACGUUUACAGUUAUGCUCUGAUUCAAUCCAAUCAAUCCUUGUCAGGUUGGAGUUUGGACCACAUAAGGAUCAGAAGUGCAUGCACAUGCAACUUGUACCAACCUUCGGAUACCAGAAAGAAGAAAAAUUCCAGGUGGGAGUUCAAUUGAUCAGUUAUUCAUAAACUUAUACAAUAUCAUCAAAAGUAUAGGCAGCUCCUUCAAAAAUAUGAUAUUUCCAGUGUUGCAUUGCAUAUGAGCAUGCAUGUUAGAAAGUGAUUCGUUAUACAUAUUACAAAUUUACACAUAUUAUUAACAGUAGUUAAUUUAAUAUUUCAUUUUUUUUGUAUGGGGGAUGAAAUUAUGUACACUUUAUGCGAUAUCUGGCAUAAAGAACCUUUCCCGUUGUCUCCCUUUUAUGACCAUACUUUAAUAGGUAUCACACUUGUAUUUGUACGAGCAUGCAAGAUUACACUAAAAUUGAUACAAACACA